CGCCGACUCUCCAACGACGUUUUGACCUUGACGAGGACAACCCAUUCCACCCAGCGACCAGGACAAAUACCGCCAACAUGACCAAGGGUACCAGCUCCUUCGGAAAGCGCCACAACAAGUCGCACGUUCUGUGCAGACGUUGCGGCCGCCGCUCCAUGCACGUCCAGAAGCACACCUGUGCCAACUGCGGAUACCCAAGCGCCAGCGUUAGAAAGUACAACUGGGGCGAGAAGGCCAAGCGAAGAAAGACCACCGGCUCCGGACGCAUGCGAUCGCUCAAGCUUGUCCCACGCAAGUUCAAGAACGGCUUCCAGAACGGCGCACCAAAGGGUGCCCGCGGCCCAACUGCCGCCUCCUCAUAAAUGACGACCGACUGGCAUGGGAGAUGAUGGAGCAAAGCAUGAAGCUGGGUUGCUAGGAGUUCGGGCGGAUCGGACUUUUUGCCUUCAAAGAGGAUACACUGCAUCUCAGUUUGGCAUGGAAGAUCAUGGACAAUGAGGAAGGUACAUGUGAAAAGUGCCUGCAGCCUCCGCGAGAAAUGUGCGCCAAAGUAGUCUAGGAGUAGGCGAAAUGGCUGAAUUGAGCGACUACGAACUCUGUGCACCCAGCAGUCUCCGGUUCCUCAGUUCUACCUGUCGGUCGCAAAAGGGAAGGUGUGAAUGCUGACAGUAGGGAAUCAAUUGUCGAGCCACAGCAUGCAAUCGCCAGCACAUCUUGCCUGCCGUUCACCCCGCGAAUGAAAUUCUGAAAUGUCAGACACUUCCUCUGCUUCUGGUCGAACGAACACGAGCCAUAUAUCGCCGUCCGACGAAUCAUGGUCACUCUACAGUGGGAAGGGUGCUGACAUGGGUCAAACAAUUCGCACCGACCACAUUGACGGCAGGAUCCUCAGUAGCGAUAUCCGACAUGCAUUUCACGUCCGGUGGCGUUCCUACUAAUUACCCUACACAAAACCGCUUACACCGUCUCUGAACCUCGCAAAGACUUCCACGGGAAAGCCUUCAGCCAUUGCCUUGUAUCCCUUAGGGUUCAAAUGCAAACAAUCCCCAC